GGCCAAUUGCUCUUCAGUUCAAAACUUCCAGCACCAUCCUUCAAAUCGACGUCGUUCUCCUCCCAUCCCAACGGACGGAGGACGGUUAAACGGGCGAAACGACCACGUAUCCCUGGGUCGCGUUUUGUUCGUUCCCGUCGGUGCCAAGGGACACUCCACUUUUCCUGUGCAAGCAAAGCAAGCUGUCUGUUUGCUUCCCGUGAUUUCUGUGCUUCGAAUUUCAAAAGUCUCUUCGAACAAUCUUGAUUCGUUGAAGACGACGGAAACUGUGUCGCUGAUUCACUGCCAAGGUCAAUGGAGAUAGGUCAGGGUAGGAUCGGGUCGUGCUCCAAAGAUCACGAAAAGAUCUACCAGGAGUGGUUCAAUUUCGCUGAUUCAGAUAGUGAUGGCAGGAUCACGGGUACUGAUGCAACCAAGUUCUUUGCUAUGUCAAAUUUAUCCAGACCAGAUCUCAAGCAGGUGUGGGCAAUUGCAGAUUCUAAGAGACAGGGAUAUCUUGGUUUCAAAGAGUUCAUCAUUGCUAUGCAGUUAGUUUCUCUGGCGCAGGUUGGAAGGGAAAUAACAUUUGAUCUCCUCAACAGUGAUGAUGACUUUGAGAAUGUAAAACCUCCUGUAAUGGAUGGUUUGGAUAUUCUACUUGUAAAGAAGAAACAUUUUUCAAAGUCAAGCGAUCCUGAUAUAAAUGGUAGUUCGCCAGUGCAAUCAUCAAUUGCAGCUCAAUGGUUUUCUUCAAAAUCAGCAAAAAAGGUUCCUUUGUCCUCUGUCACAUCAAUCAUAGAUGGCUUAAAGAGACUUUACUUACAGAAACUGAAGCCUUUAGAAGUUACAUACCGCUUUAAUGAUUUUGUAUCCCCAUUACUGACAAAUAGUGAUUUUGAUGCUAAACCAAUGGUUAUGCUCUUGGGUCAAUACUCCACAGGGAAAACAACAUUCAUCAAACAUUUGCUAAAACGUACUUACCCAGGAGCUCAUAUUGGACCUGAGCCAACAACUGACAGAUUUGUUGUUGUUAUGUCUGGACCUGAUGAAAGAAGUAUUCCAGGAAACACUGUUGCUGUCCAGGCUGACAUGCCAUUCAAUGGUCUCACUACUUUUGGAACUGCAUUCUUGUCAAAGUUUGAGUGUUCUCAAAUGCCACAUCCUCUUUUGGAGCAUGUAACGUUUGUGGACACUCCUGGAGUUUUAUCAGGUGAAAAGCAACGGACACAGCGAGCCUAUGAUUUUACAGGUGUAACAUCAUGGUUUGCUGCCAAAUGUGAUCUCAUUCUACUUCUGUUUGAUCCUCACAAACUUGAUGUUAGUGAUGAGUUCAAGCGUGUAAUUUAUUCCUUACGUGGUCAUGAUGACAAGAUUCGUGUAGUUUUGAACAAGUCUGAUCAAAUUGAUACUCAGCAAUUGAUGAGGGUUUAUGGAGCAUUAAUGUGGUCUCUUGGAAAAGUUCUUAAUACUCCUGAGGUUGUUCGGGUCUACAUUGGCUCCUUCAAUGACAAGCCAGUAAAUGACAAUGCUACCGGCCCAAUUGGGAAAGAGCUGUUUGAAAAAGAACAAGAAGACCUCCUUUCUGAUUUAAAGGAUAUUCCAAAGAAGGCUUGUGAUUGUCGAAUAAAUGAGUUUGUUAAGCGCGCCAGAGCUGUCAAGAUACAUGCUUACAUUAUCAGUCAUCUCAAAAAGGAGAUGCCUGCCAUGAUGGGCAAAGCCAAGACUCAACAGAGGCUCAUCAAUAAUUUAGAAGAUGAGUUUGCUAAGGUCCAAAGGGAGUUCCAUCUGCCUCGUGGGGAUUUCCCAAAUGUCGAACACUUUAAAGAAGUUUUGAGUGGUUACAACUUCGACAAGUUUGAGAAGCUGAAACCGAAAAUGGUCCAAGCUGUAGAUGACAUGCUGGCUUAUGACAUCCCAGAACUGCUAAAGAAUUUCAGAAAUCCCUAUGAUUAAAACGUUGAAGGCUCUUCAAGGCUGUUUCUGUGGAGGUCCAGUUGAAGUAAGGUGAGGAGACGAACAUUUGCCCAGUUGAUGAGGAACCAUCACCGAGAAUGAUGUGGGAAAUUUUCUUUACGUUAAAUAUAUUAAUACCAUUGAUAAUUUUUCAGUCUCGUCCCUUCCAUAAUCAAAAUAUACUUUAUUGUAACAAAAUUAGAAGUUAGGUUGUUGUUUCCCGUUAGAUUCUAAGGUGGGGACUUGGAUGAAAUAAAUGGAUAUUGAGUUUCUACUUGGUAUGGGAUCCCACCCGCUAAAAUCAGUUUUAA